CAUGCUGCAAUCCAGGGCAUUGGUGAUAGCCCUGCUUCUGCUCCUUAGCACCACUCUCCCCGAAGUGCACUCAAAGUCCAUCUUUGAGAAAGAGCGGCGUGACUGGUUGGUCAUCCCCGAUGCAAUUGCAGCUUACAUCUAUGAAUGUGUGAACAAGGUGUCCCCUAAAGUCGGUCAGUUCCUGGUGGAUGCUUCCCAGACUCCAGCAGUUGUUGUGACCAGGAACUUCCUCAUCAGAGAAACGACUAAACUCAGUAUACUGGCUGAACAGAUAAUCGAAAAAAUAAAGAACAUGUGGUACACAAAAGUCCUAGGCUACUAGCCAGAUGAAGACAAGUCAGUGUUUCCUGAUAGGUAACCCAGCUUCAAAGACCAAAGGAUGGAAGGCAUCUGCUGAAGUCUCCCCCCAAAAAAA